GUAAUUUUGGCUGCAUUUUCUGAUUACAUAAAUAAAUUAUGAACUAAUUAAUUUCUAAACACUGAAUGUUUUAAAUCCUUAAUUCAUCCGUUUGAUGGCAAUUACCUCUCGUAUAAAAGAAGUUACACGAAUGGUGUACGCAAAUUUGCCUUGGUUUCCGAGAACUUACCUGAAUAUUACCAUAUUCACGUUAUUCUAUCCUGCAAGAAUAAGUUUUAUUUCGAAUUUAUUUUAUAUCCAUAGAUUCCAAGAUAUAAUAUUUUGUUUUACAAAGCAAAUUGAUACCCUGUGGAACACACUUUUGAACCUCAACACCAACACUAUAAUUGGAUUAACUAUUGGAUUCAUCAUAAAUAGAAUAAAAAUGGUAUUGAUUAUACAUGUACUUAUACGGAUGUAUAGCGACAAAAAUAAAUGAACACUACCCUUUAAAAUUUUUCUUGUCAAAAUGAGACAUUAGUUUACAAAAUCUGAAAUAGCUUCCUUGCGAAUCUGCACAGCUAUAGCCAAAAGUAUUCAUGUCAUAGUUUCGUCAAAAC